GCUGGAGCAGGAGCAGGCCGCACAGUUUCCGGGCCCCCUCGGCCCAGCAACCUCUGCAUCGGGCCCCAUCCGGCCGGCGCACCCCCGGGCCGAAGGGGUCGGGCACCUGCUUUCGAGGCGGGGAGCAGUGCUUGGAGUCGGGCCGUGCACCCAUAGGGGCCCCAGGGAGCCUCUGCUAUGGCAUGUGUGCCGCUCACUGGGUACUUCCCACCGGCUUGUAGGUGGUCGUCGGCCCUUUAAUCCGUGUCUGUUGAGCUGCUUUUCUGAACCGUUCAUUUGCUUCAGACAACUGCCUCUGCCUCCCGCCGUUCCCAUGGUCGGGCUCUUUUGCUGCCCCCAGUAUCAUGUAGUUCAUCCAUCAUAUUUCGUAGCGGCUGGUCAGGCGAUGCUGCCUGAACCCAGAUGAAGGCGUUAGUUUCUCUGCAUCUUUUGAGACCAAAAUGUCAUUGGUUUAAAAAUGUCCCCCUUCAGUCUUCCAGCAUGGCUUCCUUUGGGUGGAAAAGGAAGAUUGGUGAGAAAGUUUCAAAGGCCACUUCCCAGCAGUUUGAAGCUGAAGCUGCUGAUGAGGAGGAGGAUCUAGCUGACAAGGAAGAUGGUAACGGUGUCCAUAAAGCUAAGAAGAAGAAGGACGUUCUCAUGGGGGACUGCGUGGAGAAAAGCAAGCAGCUCAAGGAUGAAGGUGCAGUUUUGGCUGAGAAUAGGAGGUACUGGGAGGCUAUUCACAAAUGGGAUGAAGCACUUCAGUUAACUCCAGAGGAUGCUACACUUUAUGAGAUGAAAUCGCAGGUCCUAAUGUCCCUGCAUGAAAUGUUUCCAGCGGUACACGCAGCAGAAAUGGCUGUCCAGAGAAAUCCCCGUUCUUGGGAGGCAUGGCAGACGUUGGGGCGUGCUCAGCUUGGAUUAGGGGAAAUAGUAUUGGCAAUCCGAAGUUUUCAGGUGGCCUUGCACAUCUAUCCAAUGAAUCCUGAAGUGUGGAAAGAGGACCUUUCCUGGGCCAGAAAGCUCCGUGAGCAACAGAAGAAAGCAGCAAACCCUGAAGCAACACAAGCAAUGGCAAAAGAAAAGGCUGCUACACAAGAAUCUAUCCCAGAUUAUGACUUUGAAAGUGAUGAGAUUGUGGCGGUUUGUGCUGCCAUAGCUGAGAAGGAAAAACCCAUGUCUGAAACUAAAACAGUGGUCAUCGUGUCUGCUUCAGGCACAGUGGAGACUAUAACUGAAGAAGAGAAAUGCGCUACAGCCCUUGAUGAUAACAUUUUUAUCAAAGCCCGAUAGUGUAGCAUAACUUUUUGCCAGUAUUGCUUUGAAAUGUAAUGUUAUUUAUCAAGCGUUUGAAUGUCUUUUUUUUUAGCAGCAGAGCAGACUUGUAAAACAGAAAAGACAGGAGGUGCUAAAGCAGUUUUUUCAGAGAAAAAGUAUUUUUAUGUAGAUAUGAAAAAAAGCAACCAAUAAGCAAAGAUCCAGUUUCUCAUUCCCUCCAUACUUCUGGAGAAGGAAGUUAGUUGUUGAUAUUAAAACUCUUUUUUUAAAGAUUGCAUUAAAAUAAUUUGAAACUACUAACUACAUUAUAUCAACUCUGAGUUUAUCCAACUUUGUUGCAUAAUUGCCGUGUAUAAAUUGUCUGUUUUUUUUACCUGUGCUUAUUUAUCUGUUACUUAAAAAGAAACCACAAAGGGAAAUUUAAUGAAAAUGUUACUUCGCAAUCCUUAAUUAUUAAUAUUAAUUAGCAGUCAGUUCAAUAAUGAAUUUUAUUUGGCGAAGUCUUUAUUUUCAUUAGUGUAGGGAUUUCAUGAAAAAGCUACAGAUGAUUGUG